UACAUUCAGUGCUUAACACCGUCGACUUCAGAACGAAUACUAUUUAUAUAUAUUUUGUCAAACAUUUUUUCUCUAUAUCAUUGGACUUGUGUCAGAUGGAUGUUGGCUUGCUAUACAACUUCAUCGUAGUCGUAUAUGGAAUGUCCUUAUUGUCACCAGUCGCUUUUAAUGUGCGUGAAAGCCUUCAAAUGACAGAGCCGAUAGUCGAUUUGGCGUACGAACGAACGAACAGAGAAUAUAAACUAGCAAUCCAUCUACUGUGGUCCGAUGUGCUGAGAUUAAACACACUCUAUGGAACUCGGCUAAUAACACAUGCUGUUUGGAUCGUUAUUGAGGCGCAUGAUUUACACCUUGCGUCUAUGGUUAGAGAGUUCGAAAGUGUGGCCCCUCUCCUGGGGAACCUCGUGCAUCAAAGUGAACUCAGGAUCGCACUGGGCACAGAAACGUAUGAACUGAACAGAGUGGCAGCCUUUGGACAAGUCAGCCUUCACGAGCGAGAAACAGAUGCGCUUCCAUGUGAACUAGUAAAAACAACAGUCGACAACUUCCUUCAGAAAAUGGUGGUUAUCAGGAACGCGUUUGGUCGCACAGUGCAAACAUUCAGAAGACUACAAUAAACUUCUUCCUGAGUCCACUCGAUUGAUGCUUCAUGAAGGGCCAUGUAAUCAAAACAGUUGUCUUCAUAGAAUUUACACAAAAGUGCUUAUUCAUAAAUUACCAUAAAAUAAACAAAUUCUCAACUUUUGUAAUGUACGUUACUUCUAGUUUCUUGUUCAUCGCAAACAAAAAUAACUUUGAAUACAAAUAUAUACAUGUAAUUACAAGUAACAUUAAACAAUAUUAAUGAUUAACAUCGAAAACAAACGAAUAGUUCCGUUAGAUGAAAAUGUAUUUAAUGAUAUUAUCAUUCAUAUAUAUGGAUUGCGGUUCCUAAGAUCAUAUUGCCAGAAAAAUAUAAUUAAAUGCAAUAUCGUUUUAAACUGCUAUUUAUGUAUUAUUGUAACCUAAGCUUAAUCAUGUUUUACGAUAAAUUCCCGAUAUAAAUAUAAAAACUCGGAUUCUGGAUUGUUUUAUCUCAGCGAAACACUGCACCAUUAAUUGUUAACAUCGUUCUAAUUUUAAAACUAUGGAAAACCAAAGAAGAAAUUGCAUUUCCCUACUCUAUAUUUAGAAAUUUCUUUUGCUUAUAGUCUAAUUCUACAUAUUACGCUUACAUAUGU